AAUUAAACUCGGAUUCUCCUAUCCAUUUUCGGUUUCCUUAACGCGCUAUAUUUCUCAGAACACAGUGGAUUUUGCAGAUUACCGAUCCCAAUUGAAUCAAUGGAGUCGAUGCAAAGGAGGGUGGAGACAUGGAUCAAGGACCAGAGAGCCAAGAUUCAGAAGGUGUCCCGGGCGCCACUGCAGUGGGGGAUGAGAUGGCAGUGGUUUCCCUGGAACAACGGCGACAGGCAACAGCGCCAGAAGCUCCAGCAGGAGUACGAGAGGCGGAAGCGCCAGCUCCACGAGCUCUGUCUCGCCGUCAAGGCUGAUUCCGUCGCUGAUUUGCAGGACAUUCUCUGUUGCAUGGUCCUCUCUGAGUGCGUUUACAAGAGACCUGCUACUGACAUGGUUCGAGCUGUAAACAAAUUUAAAGCUGACUUUGGAGGACAAAUUGUUUCUCUUGAGCGUGUGCAACCUUCUUCAGAUCAUGUUUCUCACAGAUACUUGUUGGCAGAAGCGGGUGACACUUUAUUUGCUUCCUUUAUUGGAACCAAACAGUACAAGGAUGUCAUGGCCGAUGCAAAUAUACUGCAAGGGGAUAUAUUUCAUGAGGAUGUUGUAGAGGAUUUUGACCGGGUUGAACCAACUGAAUGUAACCCAGGUGAAAGGCAGAAAGUAAAUGGAGAAAAUCAGCUGAAUUCCCCUGAAAUAAAACCUAAGCAAAUUAAAGACAAACCUAAACCUGCUGCUCAUAGGGGUUUCUUGGCUCGUGCUAAAGGGAUACCUGCUUUGGAGUUAUACCGGCUUGCUCAGAAAAAGAAACGGAAACUUGUUCUAUGUGGACAUUCACUUGGUGGAGCAGUUGCAGCAUUAGCUACCCUUGCCAUUUUGAGGGUUGUUGCUGUCUCUUCUUCAAAAGAGAAUGAGAAGGUUCUGGUCAAAUGUAUAACAUUUUCCCAACCUCCAGUAGGGAAUGCAGCCUUAAGAGAUUAUGUUAAUAACAAAGGAUGGCAACAUUAUUUUAAGAGUUACUGCAUUCCUGAAGAUUUGGUGCCUCGUUUCCUUUCACCUGCCUAUUUUGAUCAUUACAACUCACAGACAUUAUUAUCAACAAGUGAAGUUGGAGAUGCUGUUUUAUCAACCUCAAAAGAUGAAAGAGGGGCAGAGAAAGGGAGAGCAGAGAAACUAAAAGUGAAUGAAGAGGAGCAGUUGGUUAUGGGUGUAGGCCCUGUCCAGAGUCCUUUCUGGAGACUUUCUAAGCUUGUUCCACUGGAAGGUGUUAGAAGACAAUUAAACAAAUACAGAGGAAAGCAAGUUGGUCCCCUAGAGGCAACUUCAACUGAAUCUGCAACAUCUUCAGUUGAGGAUAUAACUGUUAGACCACAGUCUCUUGAAAUUCAAGAGGGUACUGAUGGCAUAUCCCUUCGACCUUUUUCUGAGACUGACAAUGGGCCCUUAGAUGUAGCAACCGAAAAGUCAGCAGGAAAAAACAACACCACUGGUGGGGAUAAUGGGAGAUGGAAAAGGCUGCCAUAUUUACCUUCUUAUGUACCAUUUGGACGGCUUUAUCUGUUGGGCAAUUCAUCAGUGGAAUUACUAUCAGGUGCAGAGUACUCAAAGUUGACAUCGGUCAAAUCUGUAAUUGCAGAACUGAGGGAAAGGUUUCAGUCCCAUUCAAUGAAGUCAUAUAGGUCUCGAUUUCAAAGAAUUUAUGAUCUGUGCAUGAAUGAUGGUGCUUCAUCUUUCCUGGGAAUGGAGCAGUUAGAGCAGUUUCCACAUUUACAACAAUGGCUUGGUCUGGCAGUUGCUGGUACCGUAGAGCUUGGGCAUAUUGUUGAGUCCCCAGUUAUUCGUGCAGCCACUUCACUUGUUCCUCUUGGAUGGAAUGGUAUUCCUGGUGACAAGAAUGCAGAACCCUUGAAGGUUGAUAUUGCUGGAUUUGGAUUGCAUCUCUGUACCCUGGUUCAUGCACAAGUAAAUGGCAGAUGGUGUUCAACAACUGUGGAAUCAUUUCCUUCCGCACCUACUUACUCUUCCAAUUAUGGAGAACCACUGGAAUUGCAAAAAAUAAGAGUUAUAGUUGGAGCUCCCUUGAGACAACCUCCAAAGCAUCAGUCAAUAGCAGAUUCUUUGUUGUCCAUGUUUCCUACAAUUGAUUCAGACGGUGUUAAUCUCAGUGGACAAAAUAUUUUUGGAUUAUCUCAACAGAAAAAAUUCUUGCGUCCUGAAAGUUUGAGUAAUUUUUUCAUUUUCUGCACCAGUGAUUUUUCAACUGUCUUCAAGGAGGUUCAUGUCAGGACUCGUAGAGUACGGUUACUUGGCUUUGAGGGUGCUGGUAAAACUUCUCUUUUCAAGGCAAUAUUGGGUCAAGGAAAGUUAACCACCCUUACUGAUAUUGAGAAUCUGCAUCUAGACACUGAUAUUCAGGAAGGUAUUGCUGGUGGUUUAUGCUACUCUGAUUCAACUGGAGUAAAUUUGCAGGAGCUGACAGCUGAAGCCACUCGUUUCAGAGAUGAAUUAUGGAGGGGAAUCCGUGACCUUAGUAGGAAGACUGAUUUGGUUGUUCUUGUGCAUAAUCUGUCCCACAGAAUACCUCGAUACAAUCACCCAAAUUCAUCAAACCAAUAUCCAGCUCUUUCUCUACUGUUAAAUGAGGCAAAAGCUCUUGGAAUCCCUUGGAUCCUUGCCAUAACAAACAAAUUUUCUGUUAGUGCACACCAACAGAAAGCUGCAAUUGAUGCAGUCAUGCAAGCAUAUCAAGCAUCUCCUAGCACCACAGGUGUUAUCAAUUCUUGUCCAUAUGUUAUCCCUAGUGCUGCUAGCGCUUCUUUAUCUUGGAGUGUGAUUGGUGAAGAAUCUGAUGGGAAGAUGGGUGUUCAGAAGUUUCUUUCUGCUCCAAUAAACCUAGUUCGGAGGCCUUUCCAGAGGAAAGACACAAUAUUCCCCAUGGAGGGUAUAAAUUCUCUCAGCCGGCUUGUCAACCAUGUGCUUCAGAGUCAAGAAGAGGCGUCCAUGGAGGAAUUUGCAAGAGAUAGGCUUGAAGUAGAGUUAGCUCAAGAACGAGCAAGGAAAUUGGAUAGACAUCCAGAGUCUCGAGCCAAAGCAUCUGCCAAGACCGCUGCGGCUGUGGGUGCUACCUUUGGUGCUGGUGUGGGUAUUGUCUUAGCUGUAGUCAUGGGUGCAGCAUCUGCAUUGAGGAAGCCUUGAGUAUUUAUUUAAUUCGAUUUUUAUUCUCUAAUGAUAGUCAAGACAAUUAGUCUUCCUCUUCCUGAUUUGGGAUUCUGGCGUGUUUGGAAAUUCAGUUAAAUUUACUAGGAUUCUGGCACGUUUUGCUUUCUCCAUAGGUGUAAAUAGAAGUAUCUUAGGUACCAGAAGCAGAUGAUCUGCCUUUUUUUCAUUAGGCCUUCGAUUAUUAGCUAUUUAUUGAUUCCAUUCUUGUACAUCUAUUGUAACUCAGAGUGGAUUAUGUAUCUUUGUUUUUGGAUGGGAAAACCCCACCAGUAAGGAUGUAAACAUUUUUGUCUUUCACAUAUAAUGGCUGAGUUUUAGGUUCUGUUC